UCUCGGCAAUAGGGCGCAUUUUUAAGAGAGCGCGGUGGGAAACGAGCCCCGGGUCCAGCACAGAGCAUGGGCACUCCUCCUGUUUAAUAUUAGACGUACUUCCCACCCCUCUCCUGCAUCUCAUUUUCGGGAGCCAGUUGUCGCUAGGUGAAAGCAGCGCCUCCAGAUUGAAGCAGGUGUCCAACAUGGCGAUCACGGGCAGCGGAUCUCUCUCUGCGGCGCUCUUUUUAUUCGCGGCGUCGGCGGCUCAUCUUCUCCUCCGAGGAGAUGCGCAGAACAUCCCAGUCCAAAGCCAGAACCUCGUGACGGAUAAUGUCUCCGUAGUGGAGGGAGAGGUCGCAACCAUCAGUUGCAGAAUCAAGAACAAUGACGAUUCCGUCAUCCAGCUCCUCAACCCCAACAGACAGACCAUCUACUUCAAAGACGUCAGGCCCUUGAAGGACAGCCGCUUUCAGCUGGUCAACUUCUCGGACAAUGAGCUGCGGGUGUCCCUGUCCAACGUGUCACUGUCGGACGAGGGCCGCUACGUGUGCCAGCUUUACACUGACCCUCCCCAGGAAGCCUAUGCCGACAUCACUGUCCUGGUCCCACCAGGCAAUCCAAUCAUCGAAUCCCGAGAGGACAUUGUCAGCGAAGGGAACGAGACCGAGAUGAUCUGCACUGCCAUGGGCAGCAAGCCCGCUUCCACCAUCCGAUGGAUGAAGGGAGACAAGGAGCUACAAGGCAAGUCGGAGGUGGAGCUCACAUACGACAAGAUGUUCACCGUCACCAGCCGCCUGACACUCACCGUCACCAAGGAGGACGACGGUGUCCCCGUUGUCUGCAUCGUGGAUCACCCCGCCGUUAAGGACUUCCAGGCACAGAAGUACCUGGAGGUUCAAUAUAAACCAGAGGUGAAGAUUGUAGUGGAGUUUCCUGAAGGGCUGACAAGGGAAGGAGAAAAUCUCGAGCUGACUUGCCAAGCCAAAGGCAAACCCCAGCCCCAGAAUAUCAACUGGGUGAAGGUUGACGAUGAUGUCCCAUCACACGCUGUGAUAACAGGCACAGACCUACUCAUCGAAAACCUCAACAAGUCCUACAAUGGAACAUAUCGCUGUGUGGCGUCCAACUCAGUCGGCGAGUCCUAUGAUGACUACAUCCUGUAUGUUUACGAUGUUCUCACCACCACCUCUAUACCCCCAACCACCACCACCACCACCACCACUAGCCCAACCACUACCAUCCCAGCACCCGCCCAAGACGCCGCGUCCAGCACAGAGCCGGCGGCUCACGACUCAAGGGCGGGUGAAGGCACGUCCCCCUCUGUGGACCACGCGGUCAUCGGGGGUGUCGUGGCCGUGGUGGUCUUCGCCAUGCUCUGCCUCCUCAUCAUCCUGGGUCGAUAUUUUGCAAGACACAAAGGUACUUAUUUUACACAUGAAGCCAAAGGGGCGGAUGAUGCCGCAGAUGCCGACACGGCCAUCAUUAACGCCGAAGGGGGCCACAACAACUCGGACGAGAAGAAAGAGUAUUACAUCUAACGUCGCUGGCCUGCGGUGCCCCUCGUCGGGCCCAGGGCUGC